CACGCUAGCAACUGUACACUGCUCUCUUCGGUCCAGGUUCGUGAGUGGCUUCGCCGAGCUCCGGAGCACUCCUCCAGCUGUUGGAGGAAAGGGGGAAAAAAAGCUGAUUUUUCUCUGGAAAUUCCUUGGCAUAACCCGCAGCUUAGGUUUUCCUGACAUCUCCAUCAGAUUUUAGUGGAGAGUUGGAGAGUGAGAUAACCUUAAUUUUCUGUAAUUUUUGGAUUUGGGACUUUUGCUGUUGUUCUUUCUCUCCCCCGUUUUUUAACUGUUAAGCCAACCCGGUCCAAUCAUGGUGAUGUUCAAGAAGAUCAAAUCUUUUGAGGUGGUCUUUAACGACCCUGAAAAGGUGUACGGCUGUGGGGAGAAGGUGGCUGGCCGGGUGGUAGUGGAGGUUUGUGAAGUCACUCGAGUCAAAGCUGUCAGGAUCCUGGCUUGCGGAGUGGCGAAGGUCCUGUGGAUGCAGGGAUCCCAGCAGUGCAAACAGACCUCCGAGUACUUGCGCUACGAAGACACGCUUCUCUUGGAAGACGAGCCCACAGGUGAGAAUGAGAUGGUGAUCAUGAGACCUGGAAACAAAUACGAGUACAAGUUCGGCUUUGAGCUUCCUCAGGGGCCUCUGGGAACAUCCUUCAAAGGAAAGUAUGGGUGUGUAGACUACUGGGUGAAGGCUUUUCUUGAUCGUCCCAGCCAGCCCACUCAAGAGACCAAGAAAAUUUUCGAAGUGAUGGAUCUAGUGGAUGUCAAUACUCCUGAUUUAAUGGCCCCUGUGUCUGCUAAAAAGGAGAAGAAAGUUUCCUGCAUGUUCAUUCCUGAUGGGCGAGUGUCUGUCUCUGCCCGAAUUGACAGAAAAGGAUUCUGUGAAGGUGAUGAGAUUUCUAUCCAUGCUGACUUUGAGAAUACAUGUUCCCGCAUCGUGGUCCCCAAAGCUGCCAUAGUAGCCCGCCACACUUACCUUGCCAAUGGCCAAACCAAAGUGUUGAUGCAGAAGCUGUCAUCGGUCAGAGGCAAUCAUAUCAUCUCAGGAACCUGUGCAUCGUGGCGUGGCAAGAGCCUUCGGGUGCAGAAGAUUAGGCCUUCUAUCCUGGGCUGCAACAUCCUUCGAGUUGAAUACUCCUUACUGAUCUAUGUCAGCGUCCCCGGCUCCAAGAAAGUCAUCCUUGAUCUGCCCCUCGUAAUUGGUAGCCGGUCAGGUCUGAGCAGCCGGACAUCCAGCAUGGCCAGCCGAACCAGCUCUGAGAUGAGUUGGGUAGAUCUAAACAUCCCCGAUACCCCAGAAGCUCCUCCUUGCUAUAUGGAUAUCAUUCCUGAAGAUCACCGAUUGGAGAGCCCCACCACUCCUCUGCUAGAUGACACAGACAGUCCUCAAGACAGCCCUAUUUUUAUGUACGCUCCCGAAUUCCAGUUCAUGCCACCACCUACCUACACAGAGGUGGAUCCCUGCAUUCUCAACAACAAUGUGCAGUGAACACGUGGAAGAAAAGAAGCAGCUGUACUUACUUGUUUCUUUCUGCCUCUCUUCCUGGACUCUUACUUUUUCAGAGACUCAACAGUCUCUCCAUUGGGGUAUGGGUCCACCCCAGCCUCUGACUCCCAGUGUAGGAGGUGAUCAGCAGGCGACCUCCUGGGCCUUAAAAUGGUGCACGCUCGUCCUCAGCCAGGGAGAGGUUGUGAUAGGGAGUGUUUGCUGGAUGGGUUUAAAAACACACUACAAAAAUUCAGGCCCAUCCUGUUUUCUCAGAUCUUGAAAAUUAAGGCAUUUUUAGUAAGUUUGAAUAAGGGGUAGAAAUGGCCUCCUGACAUGGUCUUCCCCAGGGUUUUUGAAGGGGAUUCUGUAUCUUGAACUCUUGUGCCAUGUGGAGCAGAGCCACUUUAGCAAAUUAGGAAAAGGAAAAAAAAAAAAAAUCAUGGCCAAAAUUUUGGGACAAGAAGGUUCUUAAAAUCAGUGUUGCCCUUUGUUUUACACUUACAGCAGAAAGAAAAGAAAAACCUUCCAGAACUUGAUGUGGUUUGAACUUCUGGAGAAGAGCUUCCCAUGUGAAUUAAAAAGAAGCUCUAAGGUUGUGUUUGCUUCGAAUGUACUUUAAUCUGGCUUAAAGCAGUUGUAACCAUGCCCCACCAAAGGUCUUAAAAGCCAUUUUUUGAGCCUAUUGCACUGUAUUCUCCUGUUGCAAACAUUUUCAUAUGGGAGAAUGUGUUUUUCUUUUCAUGUGACUCCUUGGACUUGCUUCUGAGGUGAUAAUUCUUGGCACUUUAGUUCCUUUCGAAAAAAAUUUUUUUCCCUAUCUCAAAUGUAAGCUAAAACCGGUCUACUACGUCUCUAGGGCUAAGCACAAUGACAAAAAAAAAGUGUUAUUCCUCACUUUUGAGGCUUUGUCCCAGUGUACAGAAUUCUGUAAUUCUAACACUCUUAAUUAUGUGAGAAGGGUUGCUAUCAGCAUCACCCACUGUGACUUCUCCACACCCUCCGAGGAACUGUAGAUCAAGAUGCCGCCAACACUGUGAUCAGAGCUUCCAGACAUUGCCAUGAGAACUGAGCAGGCCGCCUUCGCCACAGCCCCCAGGGCUCCCUGCAGUGUUAGGAGACCCGGCAUGUUGACAGUCCUCUCUAACUGCAGCCCUUGAGCACUUGGUCGGACCCCUCAGCCUUAGCACUUUGUUCACUGUCCUGUGUCAGAGCACUGAGCUCCACCUUCUUCUGAGAAAGUAUGUGGGCUGAAAGCGGUUUCAUUUUUUUUGUUUUGUAAAUGUUUAUCUUUUUGUAUGAUAAAAACUAUAUUUUGUACUUAACCAGAUAUAUUUUCACCCCAAGUGGGGGAUAUUCUUUGUAAAAAAUAAAAAUAAAGUUUUUUAAUGGCAAAAAUG